UAAUAUACCCAAGUAUAACGGCUAUAUGGCCAAUCCUGUAAAAGGCAACCCCACGCUGCAUCAAAGAGAAAACGCCGGCACCUGAAGCUGAGUAACCCCAGUUCAUCUGUUUCCAGAUCUGCUCACCCCUCGCCAUGAACAUCUUCAAGAAGAAGACAUCACCCAAAGAUGCACUGAGGACAAGCAAAAGGGAAAUGGCUGUAGCCACACGGGGCAUUGAACGUGAAAUUGCAUCCUUACAAAUGGAGGAGAAGAAAUUAGUGGCAGAGAUUAAAAAGACAGCUAAAAUUGGGAACGAGGCUGCCACCAAGAUAUUAGCUCGUCAGCUUGUUCGUCUUCGACAACAGAUAACAAAUUUGCAGGGGAGCCGUGCACAGAUCAGAGGCGUAGCAACUCAUACACAGGCUCUGUAUGCCAACACUUCAAUUUCUACUGGAAUGAAAGGUGCAACAAAAGCAAUGGUUGCUAUGAACAAGGAAAUGGCACCUGUGAAACAAGCUAAAGUGAUCAAAGAAUUCCAGACGCAGUCGGCUCAGCUAGAUAUGACGAUUGAGAUGAUGUCGGAUUCAAUUGACGAAACGUUGGACAAAGAUGAGGCUGAAGAGGAAACCGAAGAACUUACAAAUCAGGUGCUUGAUGAGAUUGGUGUAGGCAUUGCAUCACAGUUAUCUUCAGCACCAAAAGGUCGAAUCGGACCCAAGAAGGUUGACAAUGCUGCCCCAAGUUCGGUCACAAAUGAUGUUGAUGAUCUUGAAAAGAGACUUGCUUCCCUUAGGCGCCUGUGAUCUUCAAGUCUAGUAGUAUCUACUAUAUAUGUAUAGGAAGUAUCUUGUAUUGUCUCUUUAGUAAUAAUAUAUCACAACGAAUUCUUUGUUUUUCUCACAUUUGUUCUAAAAAUAUAGAUUUAUAUAAAAAUAGUUAUUAAAACGUUUA